UGUUUGGGCGGCGUCCCGGGCGCUUUCCCGCGGCGCGCUGCUUCAGCCGCGGAGGAAGGAAUCGGGUGGAGAAGAUCGGAGGUCCGGAGCGAGGCCGGAGGCUGCCCUCCCAGUCGCCCAUCGCCCGGGCAUCGGCUCUGCGCGCUGCCUGGCCGGACCUCCGGGAUGGCGAAGCUGGGAAUCGCCCUGCGCAGGAACAGCCUCACCUGGCCCGAAAUCAGCUGCAUCCCUGACAUGUCUGGAAAAAACAGAAAGAGCAAAAGGAAGAUGUUAGAGCAGAAAAAAUCCUACAGCCUGGAGGAAUUUGUCGCCGAGAGGCCCCCAAACGAACACAAUGCACUUUUGACUCGAUCCAAAACGUAUGAUGCAUCUGUUUCCAAAGAGGCUGAGAAGGAAGCUGCUUCUGUCCAGGCCAGGACCUCUGUCUCUGAUCUGAUGAAGCAUGCCAUGAAUUUCCGCCGUGUCUUUAAAGGUGUCUCUGAAGAGGAGGAACUCCUGGAAACAUUUUCAUGUGCCUGGCAACGGGAGAUGCCUUAUUAUGGCCGCCUGUACAUCUCUUACAAUCAUAUCUGCUUCUACUGCAGCGUGCUUCGACGGGAAGUGAAGGUUAUCAUUCCAGUGCCAACCAUCAGGAUCCUAAAGAAGGCCAACACAGUCUUGUUAGUACCCAAUGCCAUCUGCAUCCGUACAACUGAAGGAGAGAAGUUUGUGUUUGGAUCCAUCCGGUCACGAGAAAGUGCCUACCAGCUCCUGCGCUCUGUUUGUAAACAUCUCCAGGACAGCAGUCAGAACACCAACCCAACUGCACCUUCCAUCAGCUCAGAGCGUCUCCUGAAGGUACCCCUGGGGAGCACUUCUAUCUCUAAGGAAUCAGAUGCAAAUCUCAACUUUCCAAAGAAAACAGAUGUGGCAGAGAGGAUCCAGAUACCAGAUGAAGCAUCUUGCAAGCAGCAACAGCAAGUGGCAACACAGCAAAAGGCAUUGCAGACUACGGAAUCGUUAAGAAGCUGGAGUACUCAACUGUGCCGUCUCAACACCAUUAUUAUUAUCUACCUCUUCUUGGUCGUUCUCUUACUUUGUUCUUCGGGCUACAUCGGUCUGCGUAUUAUCCAGCUGGAAGAACAGCUGACCUCCAUGGGGGCAUGGCCUGAACCGGACCUCCAGCACCAGUAUAAGGCAAGCUGAGGAAUAACUGCGUUCCAGGGAUCUAUGCAAGGUGAUGCUGAAACUGAACCUAGCGUGACAUUUUCUUGCUGAUCAGAAGUUAAAGGAGGCACAGUAGUUUCCUUAGCCCUUGAUCGUCAAGCUCAGCCACCCAAGACCUACAACAUCACUUCCGUUUGAGGACAUUUUUUAAAAAUUUAUCUGCAAAUAGAGGGGUUUUUUCCCCCCCAAGAAGUAGAGAAUAUAGAAAGAUGCCCUUAAAAAGAUGCCUGUGCGCCAUACAAGAGCCGGAAGAGACUGACCUGCCACGGAUCUACCAUGUGCCUUGAAAAGCCAAAACUUAGAAACUUUUUUACUCCUAACAUUUCCCUACAAAAAAAGAAGGUAAAGGUGAAAUACCUCUCUUUUAAGGGGAUUAUGUGAAAAACCUACCUUUUCCCCUUCCUCUGAUUUCUUUUAAAGGCAGGGAAAGUAUGAUUUGUCACCUUGCACACAUGUAGUAUUUUUGUAAAUAGCAUAUGGGAGUGGUUUAAGAGGCCUAUGCCUUCGCCAACAGCUUUAACAUCGACUCUACCUCUGAAGUUCAGAAUGAGAAUAUUGGGGUUUUAUUAUUUUUUAAACAAACUUCAAGCAGUCAUGGAGCUUCCAUGUUCAAACGUGAUCUACCACAAAGUAGAAACUGUUGGAGGUGAGCAGGGAAAGGGCUGGUACCUUCAGACCCUGCUUGAGGUAACCCAGAAGCAAUUCAGACAGAGCAGAAUGGGAAGAAUGGUUGUGUUCAUGAUGUGGACUUCUGAGUUCCAGAUUUGAAAUGGAUGAAAAUCUGUGGAAGACUGUUUUAAAACACCAAGGAUUUUCUCCUCUCCCCUUCUCCCUCCCUCCUCCGCACCAGUAUUUUCAGGGACAAGUUGAAUUUUGACUCAUGACAGAUAUCUUAUUUUUUAAAAAAUCAGCAGCUUGGGCAUAAAUUAAAUCCAGUUAUUUAUAAUGCAGAGUAGCAUUUCUCUUUUAUUAAACUUGCUGGAAUACAUUGUGUGAAUCGCAUUAUGUUAAACAGAUCAGACUGACACCCUUAGUGCAUGUAAUUUCUUACUAAUUUUACAUCAGUGGCUAUACUGUGGAGCUGAACCAUUACUGGUGUACUGCGUCCUAUUUAAAAAAAAAUCAGUGUGGUUUAGAACUACACCUAAGACACAUACAGCUUUAGGCUAAUCAUUUUAAUGUAUAAAAUAAUAAAUAUGACGUAAGUAUAGACCUGUGUUUUU